AUGCAUCUCGAACGAUCUGCUCGUAAAAUGCGCGCACACAGAAAAUACACACGGAAAGAAAUUGCAUUCAAGAUAGAGCAGUGUAUUCCCAUGGCACUGCAUAGGAUAAUAUUUAAUAUUCCAGGCACAUGCUAUUUCUUAUUUUGCAUUCUGCAUAAGCACUCAACCCGCAUAUAUUCUGUUUGUCCUUGCUCUGUGCUAGUGAUAUUUAACUUAAUCUUUCUACUGUAUGAUAAAAUCACAGUAAUAUUGUCUGCACAUUGCAGAGUCCACUACCCUAAAGGCUUUUAUUUUCUUGGCCAAGUGCUUUUUAUUAUAUGUUCAGUACUAUACGACUGCAUAUGCAUAGAAAGUAGGAGUAAUUGA